CUCCCAGUCAUAUCCGUUUGUUUAGGCUUGGACAGUGCGAGUAGUUAGCAGUUCAUUUAAGAGCUGUGCGAUCCUUCUAGGGGGUUGGGACAUGCUUUAGGUUACCCCCCACCCCUCUUGCUGCAUGAGGACAUGACUCUCCAUGUGGACCCUCAAUGGCUUUAGAAGGAGAUAUGUGGACUUUGGAUCCCCCCUUCUUCUGAUCUGUGUUCCUGGAUAGCUGCACGAUGAAGGGUCCCCUGCAGGCUCUCACCCUGCUCUUGCUGGGGGCUGCCUGCUUGGCUAAGAAGCUAACGUUCCCUCUAAGCAUUUCUGCUGCCCAGGUGAAGAGCGUCGUGCCAGCCACUCAGAAACCCCAGGUUGAGGGUGAUCCCAUGGGACUGUCUUUUGCCUCGGAUCCUGGCCAAAUCGACUUCUUGGCAAUGGUGGACAACUUAGAAGGGGACUCUGGCAGAGGGUAUUACCUGGAGCUUUUGAUCGGGACCCCUCCUCAGACGUUUAAUAUCUUGGUGGAUACUGGAAGCAGUAAUUUUGCGGUUGCUGGCUCGCUAAAUCCAGAUAUAACAACGUUCUUCAAUUCUUCGCGGUCUAUUUCAUACCAGCCGCUUGACAUAGAGGUUACGGUUCGGUAUACUCAGGGAAGUUGGACAGGUCUUCUUGGGAAAGAUUUGAUUUCUCUUCCACAGGGAGUGAAUGGUUCCUACCUGGUCAACAUUGCCUCUAUUUAUGCAUCUGAGAACUUCUUCAUGCCAUCAAUCAACUGGCAAGGGAUUCUGGGACUUGCGUACAGCACACUGGCAAAGCCCUCCAGCUCGGUGGAAACGUUUUUUGAUUCCUUGGUGAGUCAAGCAGAUAUUUCAGAUAUCUUCUCCAUGCAGAUGUGUGGGGCAGGUCUGCCAAUCACUGGAACUGGCAGAAAUGUCGGCAGCCUGGUCAUGGGUGGAAUAGAAGAGAGUUUAUAUGAAGGCGAUAUCUGGUACACACCAAUCACGGAGGAGUGGUAUUAUCAGGUGGAAAUUCUCAAGUUCGAAGUUGGUAAUGUGAUCCUGAACCUGAAUUGUGUAGAGUACAACUCCGAUAAAGCCAUCGUGGACAGUGGGACAACUCUCCUUCGCCUCCCAGAUAAGGUCUUCAGUGCUGUGGUGGAAGCCAUAGUUCAAACUUCACUGAUACAGAAUUUCAAUGACGAUUUCUGGAAUGGGUUGCAGCUUGCCUGCUGGGAUUCAGGCGAAAAUCCCUGGGCCUAUUUUCCUGAUAUCUCCAUAUACCUUAGGGACAUGAAUGCCAGCAAAUCCUUCCGCAUUACUCUAAAACCACAGCUAUACAUUCAGCCAGCGGUGACAAUCCGUGAGAGCCUCAACUGCUUCCGAUUUGGAAUCUCUCAAUCCACCAACGCUUUGGUACUUGGAGCCAUUGUCAUGGAAGGUUUCUAUGUCAUCUUUGACCGAGCAGAGAAGAGAGUUGGCUUUGCUGUCAGCAGCUGUGCAGAGGUUGAUGGAAUGAUGGUGUCUUCAAUUUCGGGACCGUUCACUACUCAGGAUGUUUCAAGCAACUGUAUCUCCAGAAACCCACUCAGGGAACCCAUUAUGUGGAUCAUAUCAUAUGCCCUCAUGACCUUUUGUGGCAUUAUACUCUUGGUACUCGUUAUUUUGCUGCUUCUUCCAAACAGACGCAACAGAGAUGACCCUGAAGUGGUCAAUGACGAAUCUUCUUUGGUGCGUCACCGCUGGAAAUGAUUUUCAGGGCUCGAAAAUAUGUGGGAUGAACUAAAAAAAAACAGUCAACAAGGAGAGUAUAUAGACAAUUAAGUAUCCUUGCAAUAUGCUGUUUGGAUAUCCCAUUUUUACAUGUCAAUGACCAAAGCCUUAAAGAAACAAACCAUGUUGUGUUUACAAUGUGUUCUAUUUUCAGUAAACUUCCAAGGUGAACCUUCGACUGUGCCAACAGAACAUAAUACUACUGCACUAUGCAGCCUUUCUUUAUCUUGAAACUAAAUGUGCCUUCCCUUUCACAAGCUUUUGAAAGCCAUAAAUGUUGGAACCACUUUCCUGUCUUGGUGGAGAAGCUGUAAUAACAUGAAGGACCAUUAAUUAACUACUAUGUGCACUUAAUGCGAUUUUUGAUUUCUUUUCAUACUGUUGUCUUUCAUAGUUUUCGUUCAUGUACUACUCAACAUUCCUAAUCAGGGAUACAACUUAAUAAACAAAAUAUCACCAAUUGGAAUGUGCUGUAUAAUUUAUAUUAAAGAGAAAAAAAAAAUCCUCUUGCAGUUAAGAAAUUGGCGUCCAUUUCUAAGGCAUGCCUGUCAACUUCUUGGCCUUAGUAGAUAGCUGGUAUGAUAGCAUGGAUUUUCCCUAAAAGAGAAAGGUGGUGAUACAAAAAACAAACCAAAAAAAAAAAAAAAAAACCCCAAGUUAUGAACUAAAUAAUUUUUUGCUGCCAUAUUUAUUUAUUUUGUAACGUGCUGAGUUGCAACCUUCAGGUAUUUAGAACCAAUAUUGUCAAUGGACGUUUCCUGGAAGAAGCAGUUUUUUGCUUUAUUUGCGGAUACCAUUUUGGCUUAUUUUCCAUUAGGCAUGAACCAUCCCUGUGCUUUUAUAAUAACCUGCAAGAUAAAGCCUAAAAAUGGGUAUAUUUUUCUUCAAACCUAGAAUUCCUUUACACCAAUUUUCCAAAAAAUAUAUCAUGCGUGGUCUGAUAGAAAAUGGCAAAAAGACUGCCCUCUAUAAUCUGACUUUGGUAGGUUGGUCAAACUCCCUAGAAGAUUACAGCUAAGUACAUAAAGGAUGAUGGUAGAAAGGACCCAUGUGUAUUCUAAAUCACUGCUUGUUAACAUAUAGUUUAUUUCUAUAAGGUAAAAUAAUGAUAAUGUAAUACUAGAAUUGUGUUGCACAUCAUUGUUUAUUCCAGUUUUCAUUUGCGUUUAUAGGUCCCCAAAAUAAAUGUUUGAGGAAUGUCCAUAGCAAAGCAAUCUGUAUAUGUUGGUACUAAAGAAAACUUGUUGGGUAUUGUAUAAAAUGUGUGUUAUAACUAAUAUACUAAAUAGUUCUCUUCUAUUCAUUGCUGCGUUGUUUUUACUGUGGCUAGGUUUUUAUUAACUAUUUAAUAAUGGUUAUUAAUGGUUACACAUGGAGAGGACUUAAUAUUUUUAUUUUGAUCCGAAGUGAGUCUGCAAACACACAAAUCUUACGAAUACCAAUCGAACUUCAACAGCACAUCCCUGAAAAUGUUUACUUUUAAUAUUUUUCUAUUUCUGAAUAUAUUGUAAAUCCGUUUGGAGACAUUAAAAUUUUCUUCUUUAAUUCA